UGGGAAGCCAGGAACGCAGACCUUAGGGUAGUCGUCAUUGACCCCGCAUUUGCUUUAUUACUCCAGGGUAGCUGCUGCAGCGCAACAACAUCAUUCUGACGGGAAAGUUAGAGUUACUAUUUCAUGGAAGUAUCGCCGUUAUAGCGGUCCAUAAAGUCUCGGUUACCCCCUUUCCAAGAGCGCGGUUCGGGAGAAGAUUACGACGUUACACGGCAAGGGUAGCGAGACUUCACUUGGACGCACCAUGCCGCAAGUCCCAUGGCGCGUUCGGAUCGUGGACCAUCCCGGGUCGACUCGCGAAGAGAUCGAGCAAGAGCCGGAUUGGGAGGUGGCGCACGAACAACGUGUUGGGUAUCUGAACCGGGACAAUCGUAGGCCUGGCCUUACGCACCCCAUCGAGGCGCGCGAGGAAGACGACUUCACCAAGGAAGCCCGAGAAAAGUACGAGCGCUUAAAAGAGGAGGCAGCUAGCGGCAGGCUUGUGAACUGGCGCAACAUUAUAGAAGAAGAACCAGAUCUCCAUUUGAUACAUCCGGGGAAUCGGCCGUUGGGAUGGAGGUACGUGGUGGAUUAUACAGAAGAUUGGGUGAGGAAUAAGCAACGUUGGCCCAUGAAUGUGGAGAAAGAGAAAAAGGAAGAAGAAGAGAAGAAACGAGCGGAAAGAGAGAAGGGGGCUGCUCAGGAUGAGGAGCUCUGGAGACGGGGUAACGGCGAAGGAAGCAAGCAUCACGAUGCUUAUUCAGUUGGCGGACAGGAGUCGGGCCGCCCCACCGAUGAGUCCGAGCGAAACAUGUCGGAAUACGACAAGUUGCGGGAGCGGUAUACUCCCCAGGAGAUCGCCUUACUGCAGUCCAUCCGGCAUGAGAAGAGCUACAUCGAGCAACUCGAGCAGAAUGACGGAAAGGGCAAGAGUCCACAAACAAGGAAUCGCACCGCCUUGUCCAUCGACGAAGCUGAUCAGUUCACCCCAGAUAACUGGUUGCCGCGAUGCCCGGACCUGAUACGGUUGACUGGAAAGCACCCUCUCAAUGCUGAAGCGCACCUUUCGCAUCUCUACGACGCAGGGCUUAUCACUCCCAAUGAGCUGCACUAUGUGCGAAAUCACGGCGCCGUUCCGAGGCUGCUGUGGGAAUUCCACCGGCUAGAUGUUGAGGCUGGAAAGCUCGUACUGUCAAUGGACGAUCUCAAGAACAAGUUCGGUCCCAUCAAUAUUCCGAUAGCUUUGGCAUGCGACGGCAACCGCCGCAAGGAGCUGAACAUGAUCAAGCGUACCAAAGGUUUCAACUGGGGUGCUGGAGCUGUCAGUUGCGCGUACUGGAAAGGCCCACUCGUUCGCGAUGUGUUGAUGGCGGCUGGCGUGGAACACCCAAUGCCAGAAGCCAAACGCUACUGGGUUCACUUCGAAGGUGCCGACGAGCUCAGCGAAGGCAAAUACGCCACCAGUAUUCCGUUCGACUAUGCCAUGGAUCCAACAAACGACGUCAUGCUUGCCUACGAAAUGAACAAUGUGCCGCUGCCUCCAGAUCACGGGUAUCCUGUGCGCUUGAUGAUCCCCGGAUAUGUCGGAGGGCGUUGUGUGAAAUGGCUCAAACGAAUCUGGAUCAGCGAGAAGGAAAAUGACUCGCACUACCAUAUCUGGGACAAUCGUGUUCUCCCCAGCUUCGUGACCGAGAAGGACGGAGAGUUCGCUCACGCUCUCUUCACACACCCGGAUACUAAGUGCAACGAACAAAACCUGAAUUCCGUCAUCACAAAGCCCGCACAUGGCGAAGGAAUCCCUUUGACCCGAGCGCGCAAAGGCCACACGUAUCGAAUCGAAGGAUACGCCUACGACGGAGGUGGGCACCAAGUGCAGCUCGUGGAAGUGUCGCUUGAUGAGGGUGAGACAUGGCUGUAUUGCAUCCGGAAAUUUCCAAAGGCGCCGAUACGGCAUGGGAGCAAGUUCUGGACCUGGCUCCAUUGGCAUGUCGACGUCAGUAUCACGCAUCUGCUGCAGUCCAGGAGCAUCACGGUACGCUGCUUCAACGUCUUCAAGAACACGCAGCCUCAGAAACCGGUUUGGAACAUAAUGGGGAUGAUGAACAAUUGCCGGUACACCGUGAAAAGCGAUAUCGUACACUCACCGGAUUCAGAUGUCCCAUCCAUGCUCUUCAGGCAUCCUGUUGAACCAGGAACGGGCGAGGGCGGAUGGAUGAAGCCUAGCGUAGAGAGACGAAUCGCGAGUGCAAAGCAGGACACCGGCGCACCAAGCAAGCAAUUCACACGCGAAGAGAUUGAGAAGCAUGAUAAAGAGGAUGACUGCUGGAUCGUCGUGGAUGGAAAGGUGUAUGAUGCGACGAGCGUGCUGUCGUGGCACCCUGGCGGAAAAUCGGCCAUCAUGGACCAUGCUGGAAAGGUGCACCAAGAAACCACCGAUGAGUAUUCAAGUAUCCAUGACGACUACGCGUACCAGAAACUCAAUGAAUGUGUUCUGGGUGAAGUCACCGACAAAGCGAAGAAAUUCAUCAAAAAGACCGCCGAAGCCGCCGCGAAAGAUAGAGCGAAAUCGACAGAAGGCUCGGACAAUAUCGCCCUUCAACAACAUCGCUGGGUUCCCAUCAGACUCGUCGAACGUAAGGCCAUUUCCGACGACACACGUACUUACACUUUCGAGCUCCCGGCUAACACGCCGGAGCUCGGUCUUGGAACAUGCCAACAUAUUCAACUCGGUUUUCAUCUCCGCGAUCGCAUGCUGAUCCGACAGUACACGCCCACCAGGCCCGUUCUCCCCGCUAUGACGAAUGGGAAGCACCAUGGCCAACAUGGGCGCGACAGCGAGGUCUGUGAUGGAACAGGCACCUUCGACCUCACAAUAAAGACUUACUUCCCCAGCGACUUGGAACCCGGUGGUGCAAUGUCGAAUAUCCUCGACUGUAUGCCAAUCGGUGAAGAAGUCGAAAUCCGAGGCCCAAGUGGUGGAAUCGUAUAUAACGGCAAUGGCAGCUUUAGCAUCUCCGACAAGCCCUACCACUUUGACAAGGUAUCCCUCGUCCUGGGAGGAACCGGCAUCACACCUGGUUAUUCCCUCAUUGCCCGUAUUCUACUUUCCGAGAAGGACACAACACGGAUCAACGUCGUAGAUGCGAAUAAGACAGAGGCGGAUAUCUUGUUGAAAGACGAGCUAGACCAAUUCGAGAAGAAGAGCAACGGGCAGCUGAAGGUGUGCCAUGUCCUCAGCCACGCUGCAGAGGAUUGGAAGGGAUUGAGGGGCCAUAUCAACGCGCAAAUUAUUCGUGAGAACCUCUUCGAGCCGGGAGAAAGCGCAGGAGUGUUCGUUUGUGGGCCGCCUGCAAUGAUUAAGAAAGCCUCGUUGCCUGCAUUGAAAGACUGGGGUUACGAGGAGGACGUCAACCUUUUUGGCUUCUGAGUAGGGGCUAGUAGCUCGGGCUCAUUUGGUGCAACGAGCUGGUAGUUCCCGGUUCUUAACAGACCGGGUAUACAGGA